AUGGCGGAGGAGGUAUGGGUGGGCACCUGGAGGCCCCAUCGCCCCCGGGGACCCAUCAUGGCCCUCUACAGCAGCCCCGGACCCAAGUACCUGAUUCCACCCACCACAGGCUUUGUGAAGCACACGCCUGACAAGCUGCGUGCACCGGCCUACAGCUUCCAUGGGGCCCCCAUGCUCCUGGCAGAGAACUGCUCCCCGGGGCCCCGCUACAGCGUGAACCCCAAGAUACUGAGGACUGGCAAGGACAUCGGCCCCGCCUACUCCAUCCUGGGGCGCUACUGCACUAAGACCACGCUGACCCCCGGCCCUGGCCACUACUUUCCAGAGAAAUCUACCAAGCAUGUGUUCGACUCGGCGCCCAGCCACUCCAUUUCUGCCCGAACCAAGACCUUCCGAGUGGACAGCACCCCAGGCCCCGCUGCCUACAUGCUGCCCGUGGUGAUGGGGCCCCACACUGUCGGCAAGGCCUCCCAGCCCGCCUUCUCCAUCAAGGGCCGCAGCAAGCUGGGCAGCUUCAGCGACGACCUGCACAAGACCCCAGGUCCCGCAGCCUACCGCCAGACCGAUGUCCAGGUGACCAAGUUCAAGGCUCCACAGUACACCAUGGCUGCCCGAGUGGAGCCCCCGGGGGACAAGACCCACAAGCCAGGACCGGGAGCCCACAGCCCUGAGAAGGUGACAGUGACCAAGCCCCGCGCCCCGAUCGUCACCUUUGGCAUCAAGCAUUCUGACUACAUGACACCCCUGGUCGUGGACGUGGACUAG